AUGGAUGUACAGGACUUCAAUAAUUCUUCUACAGUAUCUAUAGUUGAGUCUAGCACAGAGAAAAGAAGAUUUUUCAGAAGAAACUUCACUGUUGAUUCAAGUUGCGAUGCUGAUAUAUCUGCUAUAGAACAUGAACGUGACGUCACACCUGGAAGCCUAGAAGUAUGGGUGGAACUACCUGAUGCCAUCAAAUUCGAUCCAGCCCUCGCGCCUUUUAAGCAACUAUAUGAAGAGCAUCACGGCAAAUUGGAGUCACCAGAACUCGAUCAAGAAGGAGAAAGAAAUAUUUUCAACACAAAAAUUUCAAGCGAAGCAGUCUUAAACAAUGAGAGCGACAAAAACUUAAAAGAUACGAAUAACAGGCUUGGCGAACCACCGCAACAUGAAGAAACCAAAAAAAUACGUUCUACUAGAAAAAAACAGAUGGCUGCCGCCGCAUUCACUAUUGUCCGUGACUCAUAUUCCGGGAUUGUGGCUCACCUGAGAUGGUUCACUUCCGCUGCCGCAUUGGUGAAUAGGGAGGAUCGUACAGAGGCAUUGUUGGAUAGGCAUGAGAAAUGCCCUACACGACUCAAGGAGGUGGAGGAACAUUAUCAGCGCUUCAUCUCACAUUUGGAUGAUGUACCUCUGGAGUCAUUCCCGGAGCAUCGGCGGGAACAAGUCCAUGAGGACUACACCCAGAUUAUGAACCUGGCCGACGACAUCGCCCAACGCGCGCGAGAGGUUUUAGCCUCGCGUGCCGGAGUACCGCCUCACAGCUCUCCCUUGAAAACUCCCGUGGGCCUUUUGACAAAGCUACCCAAUUUAGAUCUUCCACGUUUUGAUGGUCGGUUAGACACGUGGCUGGGAUUCAUUGGAUUGUUCGAGAGUCUUGUAGAUUCCAGGGACGAUUUGGGCCCGUCUCAAAAGUUGGCCUAUCUGCUCUCUGUGCUCGAUGGAGAGGCGAGGGGCUUAGUGCAGCACCUCCCAAUACGUGACGGGAGCUAUGAAGUCGCGCGAUCAUUGCUCACCAAGCGCUACCACAAUGAGCGCUGCCUGGCCGAUGCCCAUAUCGACCAGAUUAUGGACCUUCCCGUCGUGAGCAAUACCGCCCAGUUGAGGACCGAGCUGCUCAACCCCCUCCUAAUAGCCACUAACUCUCUCCACCGCUUGGGACUGCCCGUUGCCCAGUGGUCUUAUUUACUGGUGCGUAUCGUACUUAAGCGGUUGCCGGUGUCCCUGAGGGCACGUUUUGAACAGGGGCACGCUAGGGAUGAGGCUUCUCCUCUCCCUACCUUUGAACAGCUCCUGACCUUCCUGGAGGAUGAGUGUCGCAUGGGUGACGUUAUGGUCACCUCUACACCGGUGGGAGCAUCAAGUCCCAGCCCCACCAACCAACGGCGCACUGCUUAUACUGCGCCAAGGGGAAAAAUGACUUCCCGCUUUGCUGUCGCUCAGGCCGCACGACCGGACUGCCGAUUUUGUAAGUCCCAGGGGCACAAAACGGCGAAGUGCCCGGAAUUUGCAGCGCUGCAUGUGGCCGCUCGUAGGCGGAUUGCUCAGGCCCGAGGCUGGUGUUUCUCAUGCCUAGGGGACCAUUAUCAGCGCGCCUGCCCUGACACGCACCCGUGUCCUGUUUGCAGAGGGCAGCACUUGAAACUGCUGUGUGCCAACGCGAAUGGCCGCCGCGACCACGCGGGGUCGCGGUAUGUGAGCGGACGCCGGGACCAGUCCCGCAGUUUUGAGUCCGGCUCAUCCCCCACACGCCGCGCAGAUUGCGCUGCCGUUGAUCGCCGACAUAUUUCGGUGCGCAGCCCCACGGGCGGGUAUGUGAGCGGACGCCGGGACCAGUCCUGCAGUUGUGAGUCCGGCUCACCCCCCCCUCGCCGCGCAGAUUGUGCUGCCGUUGACCGCCGUCAUGGUUCGGCGUGCAGCCCCACGGGCGGGUAUGUGAGUGGACGCCGGGACCAAUCCCGCAGUUUUGAGUCCCGUUCGCCCCCCUUGCCCUCGCGUGACCAAUCAAGGUCACCUCAGGUCGUGUACCACGAUUAUUGUGAUGUAAGUCCGGUACGACGGCCAUCCCCCCCUCUGGUGGAGCGUCCCCGUUUGGAGUCGCGCAACCCUCGAUACGGACGCUCCGGGGGCUAUAAACCACCGACUCUGGCUCGUGGCAGUCGUCACCGAGAGGAAGCAGAAUUCAAAUCCUUCCCUCAUUUUGACGCGCCGUUCCGGCACAGCGGCGUUCGAUCUCCGCCACGCAAUCAU